CCACAUGAUGACAGACCUCUACCAUUAUGGAGUAAGCUAUGUUUUGCUGUUGGUGGUGCACCCUAUCAGAUUACUACCAACGUCAUUGGAUUCUUCCUUAAUAUUUUCUUAUUGGAGGUAGCAGAGAUCGACCCCUUCUACAUAUCUAUCAUAUUGUUUGUGGGUAAAGCAUGGGAUGCCAUCACAGAUCCAGCAUGUGGUUACUUUGUAAAUAAAACUGAAACCAGAUUUGGUAAAAUGAAACCGUGGAUAAUCUUAACAGCACCUUUUGCCUGUGUAUCCUAUUUUUUCUUAUGGUAUGUUCCUGACCUAUCAGAGACAGGGAAGUUUGGAUAUUAUUUCGCUAUGUAUUGCAUAUUCCAAGGUCUACUAUCAGGUCUCCAUGUACCAUACACAUCAUUAACCAUGUACAUAUCAAACGAUCAAAAAGAACGAGAUUCUGCCACUUCUUUUAGGAUGGUAUUUGAAGCAUGUGGUGUAUUAACAGGCGUGAUUGUUCAGGGUAAAAUUAUAGAAAAAUAUAGAAUAGCUGGGCAAUGUGCAGAUACAUCGGCUACAGCUUCCCCAGAAUCUCUACGCUUACAGGAAGAGUCCUACCGCAUUGGUUCAUACAUUGUAUUAGCUAUCUAUAUGGUUUGUGCAUGUACAGUUUUUCUUGGUGUGAAAGAAAAAGAAGGUGUGGUGGACUCAACGGGAAAUACUGAUGGAUAUUUCAAAAGUUUAAAAAUUGUAUUUACGUAUAAACCGUAUUUACAAGCAGCUGCAAUAUUCUUGUUUAUGUCAUUAGCAGUAGCCAUAGUACAAGGCAACAUAGCUUUAUAUUGUACACAUUCAUUAAAAAUGGGAAAUAAGUUCACAAAUUUCGUCAUCGUUUUACUUGUUGUUUCUAUCACAGCCAUGCCUUUAUGGCAAUUACUCUUACUAAGAUUUGGUAAAAAGCCUGUGUAUGCCGCAGGAAUACUUAUAUUCAUUCCGAUAUUAAUAGCACAGUUGUAUUUACCUGCUGAUAAUGAGUAUUUAUAUUAUGUUAUUAUGGGUUUCGCUGGUCUCAGUAUAUCUGUCUCAUUAUUAUUACCAUGGUCUGUGUUACCAGAUGUCUUAGAUUUAUUUAUGUUAGAGACACACACUAGAAAAGACGCCAUGUUUUAUUCGUUUUAUGUAUUUUUCAAUAAAUUAGCUAGCGGAAUAGGUCUAGCAUUGUCUCAAGUUGCCUUGUCUGUUGGUGGAUAUGUUACUGGUGCUUGUACUCAACCGGAAUCAGUAGAUUUAACACUGAGAAUGCUUGUGGUACCUGGUCCAGUCGUAUGUCUUCUCCUUGCUCUAAUAUUCCUCUGGUGCUAUCCUAUUAACGAAGAUAAGAGAAAGGCCAUCAAACAAGAGGUAUUAGACACUAUGUAA